CCAGCGCCUCGGAACGUGAAAGAAGUUUCUCUGUCUCAAGUGCGGCAUCCCAGCCAUCGCAUGCGCUCCCGCCUCCAUAUAUGCAGCAGUCGCCGCCCACAUCGCGCUCUGUAGCAUACGUCGUGAGCGAGGGCGCGCAGUUGCAUUUGCACGUGCUUAUUACAUCACCGGAGCCCUGCCGCUGAGCUCGGUUAGUUGGACAUAAUCCUGGCACCCGUCGAAGACCGUCAUCUCGCAGCAGCUCGCCCGCAGCUCCUUUAACACACGACGGCCGCUUUCUCCACCGAGCCCGUCACCGCACCGUCACCGCCAGAGUGAGGCCAUCAACACGCGAGAGCUCCGUCGCCCAGCACGACAAAUAAAGCCUGCACGCUGGGUUCCGGUAACGCAGCAAUGGCUGCCCAGGGCAAUGGGCGGGCGAAGAAGCCCAAGAAGGCCACAUCAAACGGCGGCCUCAACGGCCACGCAGACAAGUCCGCCAUAACAGCUCCCGUGGUGCGCUCACCCACUCGGGGGAGGCCGAAGAAGACGAUGGCGGGCAGCUUGACGAGCGUCUUUGGAAGAUUGAUAUCGUGGUAUAUCAUCAUCACCGUUCUCUUCAGGUGUCCGUCGUCCCUUACGCAUAUAUCCGAGACGUCUCCGCAGAUUUGCAAACCUUAUCUCCAUGCACGCUCCUACGCCGCUCCGUACCUGGAUCCAUACUACGAGACAUACGUUGUCCCACAGGUGGACAAGGUCAAGCCAUAUGUGGACCGUUUCGAUAAGCAGGUGUACUCCCCCGUCGCCACCUUCACCAAGGACAAGUACGCCGCGUACGGCGCCCACCGCGUAGAGCAAGCGCAGAAGUAUGCCGAGGCGGAGUGGGCGCGGACUGUGCGUCCGCAGCUACAGAUCGCCCAGGGCAAGGCAAAGGACCACUAUGGACAAUACCUAGCGCCACAUAUCAAGAAAGCAUCUGACGCCAUGGCCCCGUUCUACGAGCAAAUGAAGGACAGCUUGAUCGAAAUCUACCAUCUCAGCAUCCUCCCAGCUUAUCAAGCAGUCUUGCCGUACGCGCACCAGGGCUAUGAACAUGGCCACCACGUCGUUGCGCACAUUAUCUUCCCAAACGUGCGUUCCGCCAAAGACGCCACUUGGAAAUUCCUAUCUCGAACUGUAUGGCCUCAGCUGCGAGUCUUGUAUGGCGACAAUGUGGAGCCGCAGCUGGUUCGCAUUCGAGAACGCCUCGGCCGAUACAAGGAUCAACAAAAAAUUGAAUCCGUAAUUGAGGCUGUCGAAUCCGAACAGUCUGCGAUGCCUGAGACAACCGAAAUCACUCCUACCGUCGCCAGCUCCUCUACUGCCAGCUCAUCUACUGCUAGCUCAAAGGCUGGCUGGGGCGUGCUGGACGAUUUCUUCCGAGGCGACUCUUCCAGCACGACAGCGACCGAAGUCGAAACCAAGACACCAACGCAGCCGAGACCGCCCCAGCUCACUGGUGCCGAACUCAGAGAGAAACUCAAUGAAGACCUUCGCAACUGGCAGUCCAAGUUUGCCGUAGCCGCAGACAAAGGCGCGGAAGAUCUGGAGGUGCGGGUCGCCGAAAUCACCAAACGCCAGAUUGAAAAUGGCGUCAAUGGACAUGGUGCCGCCUUGCUCGUCCAGCUUGAAGAGACCGCUGAGUCCACCAUUUCCACUUUCAAGAACUUCAUUAAGCAGACUGUGAAAUCGAUUCCCGAAGACCCCACAGAGGAGGACCUUGAGGCAGCAUACGAAAAAUGUGUUGCGAAGACGCGGGAACUGGGACUUGUUGUCAAGGACAAAACACAGGCCGUCAGAAGCUGGAAAGCCACAUACGACCAAGAGCUUGAUUCCCUAGUCCGAUCCGCGGUCGCAAGUACAGUCGAAGUUCUUGAAAAGAUUUAUGGCUUGGGUCUUCAGGAAGUGGGAAUGCGCUGGGCAUGGACUGACGGUGUGACCUAUAACGAUUGGAAGAAUUACCACAAGCUAAGACAUACUCUCACAGAGUGGCAGGAAGAAGUCGAAGCUGUCGGGUCAAGGCACGAAGGCCUGAAAGAGGCGCACGAAGAAGCGAAUAAGCUCGAAGACAAAGCCAUGUCGAUCGCGUCGGCAAUGGUCAGCGAGCUUGUUCGACUCAAGGACGUAUCCAAGUGGAAAAUCUGGGCGGAGGAUGCUUCCGACGACUUUACCGAUAAGAAAGUUCCGGCGAGGGCCUUCAAGGUAGCGCAGCACGUGAUGGAGAACGCGCAGGAGGUCUCUUCAAAGGCUUCUGAAGCCAUUCUGGGUUCCGAAACUCCGGCCACUGAGAGCAUCGCUUCCGAUGUUAAGAGUUCUGUGUCCGACGCGUCGUCCAAAAUAUCUGAGUCCGUAAUCGGUACCAAGACCUCCGCGGCCCAGAGCGUGGCGUCUGAGGUCAAAUCGCAGGCCUCGCAAGCCUCUUCAAAAGCCUCCGAAGUUGUGGAAGCGGGGGAGUCUAAUGUCAGCAGCACCGCAUCCGACCCGGUGGAAGAUAUUGGAUCGGCAGCCGAUGCCGCCAAAGGGACUAUCAAGGACUCAGUUUCUGCAGCCUCUCAGGCACCAAAGAAGGUCAUGGGUGGAGCAAUGGCCCAGGUCAUCGCCGAAGCCAAGCAGAUCAUCUUCGACGAAGCCAUCGACGAUGACGAUGAGGAGACGUAUUCUGAGAAAGUCCAAAGCAUGAUCGCUGAAGCCGGAGACCGGGCCGCCGAGCUGAGCAAGGCCGUCAGCGAAGCGCUCCUGGGACCGACCAAGUCACAAGGAACAGUGGAGUCUGCGACCUCGUUAGCAAACGAACAGUACGCGAAGGCCAUGGCUGCGGCUUCCAGCGUUCUAUAUGGUACUGAUCAACCAGUUGUGGAGAGCGCGACGAGCGUCGCGUCUGAAAAGUUUGCUCAGGCUGUCACAGCGGCAUCGUAUGCUAUCUCCGGAACUCCCACCUCUACUGCCAUUAUCAAGACUGUCCAGGUAGGGGCCAGCUCCCGCUACAACGAGGCUGUCAGUCUUGCAAACGAGCAGUACGAGAAUGCGAAAUCCCAGCUCUCCGCCUUGGUGUCUGGAACGCCGAAGCCUGCCCACGAGACAAUGCUUUCAAUGAUCGAGAAAGCCUAUUCUGAUUCGCUAGCAGCGGCAAGCGACAAGCUGCAAGCUGCUCUGCAAUAUACCGAAUCGGUCAAGAGCUAUGCAGCAGGACCAACACAAGGCUAUUUUGAAUCUGUUUCCUCCAUCGCAUCAUCUAGGCUGUCAGAGGGCCUCAGUCACGCUUCCGCGCAAUUCACUUCGCAGCCUACUCCUGCUCUUGAAGGGGCACGUCGGCAGUACUAUGAGGCGAUUGGUCUUGCUCAUGCACGCUAUUCAGAAUUCAUCGACGCGGCUUCCAGUGCUGUUUACGGUCCAGAGCAGGGUACCUUCGAAUCGUUAUCUUCAGUGGCCGCUGAAUCCGCUGCGUACGCCGCGUCGCAAGUCAGCUCUGGCAUCAUCGGGACCGAGACACCUUGGGCCGAGUCUGUUGCGUCGGACAUUGCUGGAUCGGCGAAAUCAAUGGCAUCUGGUGUCUCGGAUUCAGGGGAGUCUGCUGCGUCGAAGGUUCAAGAAGCGGCACAAUCUCUGGCUUCCGAGGUUAGCUCUGCCGUCAUUGGCUCAGAAACACCCUGGACCGAGUCUGUUGCCUCUCAGGCUAGUCAAAACUGGGAGGCACUGAUCGCAAAGGCCAGCAGUCAAGUCUACGGAACGCCUGCACCCUGGACUGAGUCCGUGUACUCACAGGCGGGCGGAUAUGCUGCCCAGGCUACCACGCAAGCUGCGGAGCAGUACGCUGCUGUUCAGGCCCUCAUUUCUGAGCUGGUGGUCGGAAAAGAGCCGGAUUUCACGGAGAGCGUUAUGUCUCGAUUCUCUUCGGCUUACUACACCGGCGUAGCAGACGCGGUAUCCUCAGUUAACUCCUACGCCAGCGAACACUACGCCACCGCAAGUUCAUAUGCCGGCGAAAGCUACGAAGCUGCAUCGGAAUACGCAGCAGACGCAUAUGCCUCUGCUUCAUCGGUCCUCGGUUCCAUUUUCACCCCUCCGCCUGCCAUUGAGACAAUUCUCAGCCAGGCCAGCGACCAAAUCAACGCCGCCGUGGAAAGUGCCUCCAUCGCCGCUUACGGAACUCCACAGGGCACCGUCGAGCAAGCGAGCGAAUCCAUCGCCAGCGCAUACUCGUCGGUCCAAUCCAAGGCCAGUGAAGCCAUUUACGGCACGCGAGAAGCGCAAGAUAGCUUUGCAUCCAUCGCUUACAGCGCCCACGACGCUAUCAAUCAGGCCAUCUUUGGCACGCCCACCACGACCGGCUACGUUGGCUCGGUAACGAGCGGCGCCGAAAGCGUCUAUAGCUCCAUUUCCUCUGCCGCUGGCGAGAAGGCAGCAGAUGCGGCGAGUGCUUUGAGCUCGGCCGUCUAUGGACCGGAGCAGGGUGCUGUGGAGAGCGCGAGCAGUAGGCUGGCUGCUGCGGUUGAGGCGGCCAACUCGAGGAUUAGCGAGAUAUAUGCCGCUGCGUCGCGGGGCGUAGAAGACACGGCAAGUAAGGCGAGCAGCGUUGCGACGGAGGCAACACAGCGCGUCAAGGACGAGUUGUAAACCAACUUUCGGUGGCAGGAGCUGCGAGAGUUGUGACUCUCAAACUAAGACCCUACCGUUUCCUAUCCUGGAUACCGAACCUCCUUCUCCCCAUACCCUACCCUCCCCAGGAUGUCCUCUCAAAAACCCCGCCCAAAUUGGCAUGAACCCCGCUCUGGUUUCACCAGUCGAAAUACCCUCUUUUACAAUGUACAAGUACACAUAGCUCCGAAGGCUCUCCUUUUCGUUUCCUUUCCUUGACCGAUUACUCUCGCGCUCAAGUGUCCUUCCUGGCGGUCCUUUGUGCUCUAUUUCCCACAUGGCCUAAUCAGCUGCGCUGAGGAACGAAUCGAAACGAGAUG